UUUAAUUGGCGACGCUGUAUCAAUUAAGAAAUUAAAGAUCCCUGCUUGUGUCGGGUUUAAUUGUGCCAUAGUCUUGUGUGUUUGUGCACAAAACGGCCAUGCUCCUCCACAGUCCUAAAGCACCUUCCCCAUUUGCAGCGUGAGCCGCUUUCUGAGCACUCUGGAGAUUUAAGGGCUUCUAAACAGAAUUCAAACUUUGCUCUGGAAAACGCUUUCAGGAAACUCCAUUUCGAUGUUUCAAUAGCCUUACAAUGCAGAUUUCUCCAGAGUGUGUGUACGUGUUUAGUCUUGUUUUCCCUACUGCUCUGAGCUUGUCUCCAGCGCAGACAGACAGACAGACAGACAGUCAGCCAGUCUGGAUCCUGUCAUGAGGGAUCUUGUGAUCUUGCUGAAUUACUGGACGACAGACGGGUAUGCAAUGGGAAUCACAUUGCUGGGCUUUGAACUGUACUGCUGUGUUGCGGUUGCCGUGGAGACAGUGUUUGAAAGUGUCUGUGCUAAAUAAUAAUACAAGUAAUAUGAUAUAUCUGAGGUGGAAACUCAUUCUACAUCUUAGCAUCUGUCCCCCAACACUGAGGUCAGGGAGUGACACUGGCGCCAUGGCUCCGGAGAGAUGCGUGUUCGGGAUCAUGCUCAACAUUUCAUCCUUUUUAGGUGUUGCCACUGUGUACGUCCGAUACAAGCAGGUGAUGGCUCUGAAUCCUGACAAGCCACGCCUCCUCCAGCUCAACACCGUCGGCCUGGUGCUGGGCCUGAUCAGCUCCUUCGGACUCUGCAUCGUCGCCAACUUCCAGAAAAACACCAUGAUUUCCAUGCACUUGGUGGGGGCCAUCCUGACGUUCGGGAUCGGAACGCUUUACAUCCUGUUCCAGACCAUCAUCUCCCACAAGAUGCAGCCCCACAUCCACGGCAUGGGCGUCUUCUGGGUGCGGCUCUGCCUGGGGCUCUGGUGUUCAGCCAGCAUAGUGACCAUGUUCGUCUCCUCUGUGAUCAUGUACAGCAGCCUCCCUGGAGUUGACGUGGCCAAGAAGCUGCACUGGAACCCAGAAGAAACGGGCUAUUCUGCUCACAUCGUCAGCACGAUCUCAGAGUGGUCGCUGGCAUUCUCCUUCCUCAGCUUCUUCCUCACAUACAUCCAGGACUUCCAGAAAAUCACGCUGCGAGCCGAGGCCACCCUGCAGAGCCGGCACCUCUUCAACGGGCCGCAGUUCAACGGGAACGUGCGCGGGUACAACGCAGAAACCACGCCGCUGCUCGCCGGCUCCAUCUGAGCAGGGGCGCUCUCUCUCUCUCUCAUGGGUACACCAAGCACAGGGGCUCCGGAUCCACAGGAGGAGGCGCAUCCAGGGCUGAAGCUCGAUGCUUUUGUAACCAUGCUCAAGGAUAAGGGGAGGGGGGUCUUCACUUUUACUUUUGAAACGCCUCAGUUUGGUUUUUUUGAAUCCUUGCCGCAGACAAAACAAAAAAACACGUGUUCGUUCUGCUUCCAGUACUGUACCUGUAUGCAACGCAAUGAAUGCACCAGAUCCGUCCACCGCUUUCUUCAAGGUCCUGAAGGAGGACGGGUCUUUUUUUUUUUUUGUUUUGUCUGAGAUAGAGUCAGCUGUUUGUACAGUAUUGGUUUUACUUUUUGAACUGUGCAGUAUCAUACGAGGUACGAUCUGGAAAUCCUCAGGUAAAACAACAUGUGUUGUGAGCUGUUAUCCCCUACAAAAGGUAAUGAAAGACCAGGUCCUACUGUGUGUUUAAUUUGUGUCUCAAAACAGCCAGCCAGACACACCUCAGGAAGCCCUUUCCAUCGCUGCACCUUAAUAAACUCAGUAACUACUA